AUGAGUGAUACAAAUUCUAUUGAUACUAUUAUGGAUCAUGAAGAUGAGGGAGAAACUUAUGAUCCAUUUUGUGAUUCAUUACAUCCUAAAAAAGUAGAUUUUAGUGAAAUAUCUGCAGCAGCUUUUAAUUUAAGAGAUGGCAUUAUAAAAACACCUUGUUACAGAUCAAAUCAACUUUCUGAAUUAUUAGAAAUGAAUAUAUAUUUAAAAAAAGAAUUUAUUCAAACAACUGGAAGUUUUAAAGAACGUGGUGCUAGAUAUGCUUUACUUAAAUUAAAUGAUGAACAAAAAAAGCUUGGUGUUUGUGCUGCAUCUGCAGGAAAUCAUGCACUUGCACUUUCAUAUCAUGGAUAUCUACUUAAUAUACCAGUUACUGUAGUAAUGCCUAUAUUUGCACCAUUAAUGAAAGUAUAUAGAUGUAAAAGUUAUGGUGCUAAUGUUAUUUUACAUGGACAAACACUUCAAGAAUGUAAAUUACUUGGAUUAAAAAUGGCAAAAGAAAAAGGUAUAACAUAUAUAAAUGGAUAUGAUCAUCCUGAUAUUAUUGCUGGACAAGGAACAAUUGGUUUAGAAAUUUUAGAAGAAAUUAAAAAUGUUGAUGCAGUUGUUAUACCAGUUGGUGGUGGUGGAUUAAUUGCUGGAGUUGGAUUGGCAAUAAAAACAUUAAGACCUCAUGUUAAAAUUAUUGGUGUUGAAUCAGAAGAUUGUGCCUCAUUUAAAAAUGCUUUUGAAAAAAAAAAUUAUAAACUUCAACCAGAAAUAUCUUUAGCUGAUGGUCUUGCAGUACCAGUUGUUGGAGGAAAUGCUUUAUUUACUUCUCAAGGAAUUAUUGAUAAAUUAAUUACUGUACCUGAAUCAUUAAUUGCUUUAUCAGUUUUACGUUUAAUAGAGAUGGAAAAAAGUAUUGUUGAAGGAGCUGGUGCAGUUGGAUUAGGUGGUCUUUUAACAGGAGAACUUGAUGAAUUUAAAGGUAAAAAAAUAUGUGUUAUUUUAACAGGAGGAAAUAUUGAUACAACGGUACUUGGAAGAACAAUUGAAAGAGGUUUAGCAGUUGAUAGUCGAUUAAUUAAAUUUGAUGUUAUUGUUUCUGAUAGACCUGGUGGUAUUUCUGAAUUAACAUCAAGAAUUGCAAAACUAGGUGCAUCAAUUAAGGAUAUUUUUCAUGAAAGAGCAUGGUUAAGUCAAACAGUUUUUUCUGUUCGUGUAAGAGUAAUUUGUGAAACUAGAAAUAAAGAACAUGUUAAAGAAAUACAACAAAGUUUAGGAAAACAUUAUUCACAGAUUUAUUUUGGUUGA